UCCUCGAAUCCGAGGCCGAUGCAUGGAUUAAAGCAGCAUGGAUAGCUAGCUCACUAAAGCCUAGUUAGACAGAUAAAUCAGGUUUGGCCAAGAUGAAGAGCAGCGUGUCAUUCCGCUGCAUCUGGCUGUGCUUCAAGGCGCUGAGUGGCGGCGUCCUGCUGAUUGCCAUUGGCGUCGGCAUGACCGUCUUCGGCUUCUACGCCGACACAUUCGCCGUCCAAGAGCACCUCGACGAGGCCACCAACAGGACAGUGAGCGUGGUCAACGAGCACCUGAAGCUGCACAUCCACAACCUCACGUACGUGGGGCCCGUGUUCAUGGGCAUCGGGGGCAUGCUCAUCGUGGCCGCCUGUGUUCUCACUUUCGACGGCAAGGAGGACGACCCCACCCGGGCGUCCCGAAACCGCCGGCCCUCGGACGCCGAGGGCACCGAACAGCUGCUUCUCGCCGUCGAAGCGUCCAGCAAGACGGAGCGCUGCAACGGGCCCGUCAGCCCGUUCAUAUGCCUGGACGCUCCGCCGGCCAGCAUACCGGACAAGGGCGGAGGGGGUACGGAGGUGGUGACGGUCGCCGAGGUCGCUCGGAACCCGGCCACUAUCCCGAACGGGCCGAGCCGGGCGAGGCCCCAGCUGCCCCUGCCGGUCCGCUCGCGCAACGACGCCGUCUCGCCGUCGGAGGCCACGCAGCCCCCGUCUUCUUCGUCCAGCCUCCAGUCGCCGGUGCCGCGCGUCGCCGUCCGUCAGCCGCCGAAGAGGCGGAAGAGCCACUUCCUGAGUCCCCUCUUCGACGAGUUUGUGCCCUCGCCGCAGGACAUCCAGAUCCUGGACCCGGACGGCUGCACGCCGGACGCCGGGUGCGCGCUCGAGAUGGACGUCUUCAGCAACCGAACCACCAAGUGCCCACCGCGACUCCAGCUGGAACCCCGGUACCUGGCUUCCAUCGAGAGCGACGGACUCUCGGACAGUGACACCGCAGAGUCCGAGUUCACGCUCAGCGGCGCCGGCAGCAGCGGGGUCCACAGGGGCCGCUUCUGUGACAUCGAGGAGCAGGACAUCCCUCUGCUCGGGCGGUGCAGCCCGCCCUCCUCGCCCGAGUACCCCAUGGAACCGCUGCUCAAGCGAGAUCGGACCGGACUGCGAAGGUUCCAACUCAUGCGGCAGGCCCCCAACUCUCGGACGCUUUUCGAUGGACCCUCGUCCGAAGGGGGUUCCAGGUAGGAGAGGGAGCAAUUGUGUCGAAUCAUCAUCCCCUCACUAGAGUCACGCCUUUUUGGAUACAUAUGCCGUGUUUUCCACUUUUUUACUCAAGUUGAGGUUCUACGUCAUGAGGGAAAAUUCAAGGAAUUCUUCAAUGGAGGAAGAAGAGCUCACAUUUCCUGGUGUGGCAUUGUAGCAGACGAUCGUCUUAUCCUUGAUGCAAAUCGAUGAG